AUGGGAAAUCCAAUUGUCAUUGUCGGAUCGGGAAUCGUGGGAUUAUAUACAGGUUUUGUGCUGGCACAACAAGACCGUGCAAAGGAUAUCACCUUUGUAGCUGAGUUUAUGCCCGGAGAUCAGUCGCACAUGUACACUUCCCCAUGGUAUGGCGGAAACUUCUCUAUCGUGUCUGGAGAUUCUGACGCUGAACUGGAAUAUGAUCGUGUGUCCUUUCUAAACUUAAAGAAGAUCCAUGACCAGUUUGGACCCGAGGCAGGAAUUGCCAUGCUCCCUUCGAUCGAGUACUAUGAGUGUGAUAUCCCAUCACCUAAAAAAAUAACCUCUUUGCAGAGCUAUAUCCCUGACUUCAAAAUUCUUGAAAAAAAAGACUUGAUCGAAAAUGCUAUAUAUGGCAUAAAGUUUACUACAUUUAACUUUUAUUGUCCUAAAUUCAUUGCCUUUUUAAAACAAUACCUGACUGCACGUGGAGCCACUUUUAUUCGCCGCCGUUUGAACAACAUCGAUGAGGCAUUCGAGUUCGGAAACAAAUCUGGCGUUACACCAAUUGUGUUUAACUGUACUGGAAUUGGUGCCUAUAAUCUUGGUGGUGUUGCAGAUAAAAACGUAUAUCCAACACGAGGCCAAGUGGUUGUGAUUCGCGCGCCACACAUUCGCGAGAACAGAGGUCUCGUUUCCCCACAUUUUGAAACCUAUGUGAUUCCUCGACCACACUCGACUGGUGGACACGUUGUACUAGGUGGAUAUAUGCAGAGUGGGAACUGGGAUGGAACUGCAACAUAUGGCUCAGAGACUGCGUCGAUUCUUGAACGCACUCGCCGACUUUACCCAGAAAUUGACGAUUAUGGGCGUAAGCCUAUUGAGAUUGUGCGAGAGGCAGCUGGACUGCGUCCUAGCAGAACUGGUGGAACACGAAUAGAGCGUGAGGAUCUUGGACAAGGCCGUGUGAUAAUUCAUAAUUAUGGAGCAGGAGGAACUGGAUACCAGUCUGGCUACGGAAUGGCUGUAAAGGCGAUUUCUUUGAUGGAGCAAAAUAAGCCAAAGCUUUAA